CCAUUCCUGCCCUUACCUCUCUCGAUCCAGCAACGUCCAAAUCUGAUCGGCUCGGUUCUUGUAAUUCCCGUUCCGACGAACUCUCACCAAUGAAAACCUAGAAGACUUCCUGUCCCCCUUCCGCAUCCGCGACCCCGUUGUAGGUUGCUAGAAAUCGAGCUCUCCCGGACCAGACCCUGUUCGAAUUCGUUCCGAAAUGGGGAAGAACCAGGCGUACAAGGCCAUGCAGAGAGCCCGGGUGGGCUCCAGCUCGGCCGUUCCCGACCAGAUUGAGGAUGGCAUGGUGGAUGGUUCAUUUCAUUCACCAGCUUGGCAUGCUGCUCGUUUGGCAAGCCUUAAUACUCACACAGUCACUUGGGAAGAAUUCAAACAGAAGCAGAAGGAAGAAGAGAUCAAGAAGGGGCAAGUGGAAAAAGACAAAGAUAAGAUGAUGAGAGAGUACAGAGCGCAGCUGGAUGCUGAAAGGGCACGCAAGCUUGCCCAUGGAAGAAACCACUCUAGUAGUAAAUCUAAGCGGAAAAAGGAUCGAAAGGAGAAAGAUGAAAGGAAACGCAGCAGCAAGAGAAAGAGGUCAAGGAGGAGAUCUUCAGAUUCUAGCUCCUCAGGCUCUUCUGAUUAUUCAAGUGAUGAAGAAGAAGAGAGGGAAUCCAAAAGAUCGAGGUCCAGGUCUAAAAGAAAUAAAAAGGAGAAGAAGCACCGGUCUAGCUCCUCAAGCUCAUCUUCUGAUCAUUCAAGUGAUGACGAAGAAGAGAGAGAAUCUAAAAGGUCCAGGUCCAGGUCUAAAAGAAAUAGAAAGGAGAAGAAGCACCGGUCAAGAAAACAGAGUGGCAGCGUUGAUGAAGAAACCGGUCCUGUACCACUCUCAAGAUUCUUCGAAAGUGUGAAGAGUUAGCAGUUUUGCUGCGUAGCCUGCAUGCCUUGUACUUGUAAAGAUUAUCCUCCUAAAACAGGAGAGGAGUUGAUGACUUGAUUGUUUCACUUAUGCAUUUGUUAAUCCUGAUUUUAUCAGCCAUCGAUAUCCCAUUUGCACCUCAAGUUCUACUUCUAGCCUUUCCGUAAUGGGAUGUAAGAAUGGUUGAAACUCUUAUAUUGGAAUUAGAAUAACAUGGCUGCGGAGCUUUGCAGAGCUAAA